GCUUCAUAUUAAGCAGUCUACAAAGACUUUUGGCUUUUGUAUAAUUACAGUUAUUACGGAAAGGAUAGAGAAAAUUCAUGAAAGUCACCAUCCCCGCGCUCAUUCAACCCUUACUCCUGCUACACGCCUGAACAACACCACCAUGACUUCGACCAACAUAAACCCCGCCUUCGUCCUCCAAUCGAUCAAAAACGUCUCCUUCGAGAACCGCCCCAUACCCCAGUUACGCGAUGAGCACGAUGUGCGUGUGCACAUCAAGCAAACGGGCAUUUGCGGCAGCGACGUACACUACUGGCAGCGUGGCCGCAUCGGCGACUUCAUCCUUGACAGCCCUAUCGUCCUAGGCCACGAGAGCGCGGGCACCGUCGUCGAGGUCGGGAGCAAAGUGAAGAAUGUCAAGGUGGGAACUCGGGUGGCGAUUGAGCCGGGUGUGCCGUGUAGGCAUUGCGACUACUGCCGCUCCGGCGCCUACAACCUCUGCGCCGACUCCAUCUUCGCCGCCACCCCACCCUGGGAUGGCACCCUGCAGAAAUACUACAUCGUAGCGGGAGACUACUGCUACCCGAUCCCCGACCACAUGAGUGCCGAGGACGGUGCCCUCGUCGAGCCCGUCGCGGUGGCUGUGCAGAUCUGCAAAGUCGCCGACCUGCGCGCGGGACAGACUGUUCUUGUUUUCGGGUGUGGACCCAUUGGUGCACUGUGUCAAGCUGUGGCGAAAGGGUAUGGUGCGACGAAGGUGAUUGGGGUGGAUAUUUCCAAGCCGAGGGCUGAGUUCGCCAGGGGAUUUGGUGCUGACGAUGUUUAUGUUCCGGAGAAGACGGCGGAGUCGGCGGCUGAUCCAAUCGAGGCGUCGAGGGCGAUGGGGGAGAAGAUUGUGCAGCAGUUUGGCCUGGGCGAGGGGGCAGAUGUGGUCUUGGAGUGUACUGGGGCUGAGCCCUGCAUCCAAGCUGGUGUCUUUGCGACUAAAAAAGGAGGUACCUAUGUCCAGGCGGGAAUGGGAAAAGAGAAUGUCGUGUUCCCGAUUACAACAGCUUGUAUUAGGGCGUUGAAUAUUAAGGGUUCAAUUAGGUAUACAGCUGGAUGCUACCCCGCUGCCGUGGAUUUGGUGGCAUCUGGAAAGGUCAAGCCCCGGUCUUUGAUUACACAUAGGUUCAAGUUUGAGGAGUCGUUGGAGGCGUUUGAGCUGGUGAGGAAAGGGCAAGAAGACACACUCAAAGUUAUCAUUCACGAAAGUUCCAACAUCCUCCUCACAAGCCACUCGUCGGAUUUCUUCAUUCAAAUCACAGAGAACGGAAAGUAG